AAACCAGGGAUGGAAGUGGAUAUAAUUCAUCCCCUUAAAUAAACAGUGUUGGACAUCAACACGCGGCAUCGGCAUUUUUUGGCGGCCAUUACAACGAGUGAAAUACGGUGAAGCGUUGUGGACAAAUUAAUGCAUAAACAACCGACAAGCAAGUAGCACACGCGCUGCCGCCCGACAACAAAACCACCGAAAGCACAAUACACAGCUCCGAAGAUGUCUUCUAGCGCUGCCAGGGUCUACAUCCAAGUCGAGACAGAGGCCGAGCAGAAGGAGCAUCUGAAGCAGCAGCGAAAGACUCUAAAACCCUUGCAGGGCAACGUCAACGACAAGGAGAACCUCACUGGUUCAGGGCGCGCUUCCAUCGUGGAUCAGCUGAGUCGUCUGAAGGCCGGCGUCCAAGUCGCGCCCAAAUACGGCAAGCGCAAGUGCGUGGACACGUCCACCACUGCGCCCGCGACGACCACGAAGGAUGCAGAUACCCAGACUGAUGCUGAGGCCGUUCCGCUUGGCAAUGCAGACAAGCCCAUCACGGCAGAAGAUCUCACCAGCGAAGCCGAACCCGGAGAGAACUACUACAAGCUGCUGGCGGAGCAGCGGCGACUUGCGCUGGAGGACUCGCUGACCGAAAACCGACAUCUGCACGAGCGCAUCGAGGGGCUUGAGGAGGAGAUGGACACAAUGCGCCAGGAACUGGACGAGGCCAAGAACCUGGUGGAAGUCCUGAAGGAGAUAUGCGACGAGGACAACAGCGAGGUGGAGGAAGACGACGCAGCGGGUGACGAGGGCAAGGUCAACGCCUAAGCUACACACCAAUCACACGUUUUUUAGUCUAAGGUUUUACAUUUAGUUGUAGUUAAAUAUCGCCCUUAAUUAUAUCCCUGUUCGUCAGCCAACACAACGGUCUGGUCUAAUUGUACGCCAGCAAUAAAUUUAAUUGUUACACACCAGUUAUAAUCCUAAUAAAAAUUUUACAAUUGCUAACCCAACAUUUAAUUGUAAGUGCAACAUAA